GGAGACCUGAAGCAUUGAAGUCAAGCAUCCUUUUGAUGUCAACAAGAUUAGUGGAAAUCCGAAAUCUGGAGGAAAUGGAGAAUGUUUAUAAAGAACUGGACAAUGUCAAAGCAGAGAUGGAGAGGCUCCAGGCUGAGCUUCGGGUUGAGAAGGGAAUUUCCGAGACUCUCAAGAUAUCUCACAGUGAGCAGUUGAUCACGUUUCAAGAAGCUAAGCAGGAGGUUGAGAAACUAGAUCAACAACUCAAUCUCAAGCUUGAGGAAAUUUCUCAAGUAAGGCAAGUCUCUGAAACCCUCCAAUCAUGUUUGCAUGAAAAAGAAUCGUCUCUUAGGCAUUUGAGUUCUUUGUAUGAAAAACUCAGAGCCGAUCGUGAUCUGAAACUGAGAAAACUAGAAGGAGAGAAUAAAGAGCUGGCAUAUGCGUUCGAUGAAGUUUCAGAAAAGAAUAAAGAACUGGAGCAGAAUGCUUGUGCCAGUAGUCGCGAGGUCGAGGGCCUUAAGAGACGCUUAUUGACUACAGAAAAAAAGAAUUUCGAGGCAGAGCAAAAGGCUCAAGCAGCCAAACAUCUGAGGUGGAGAGAUGAUGUAAUAAUGAAUUUAGAGGAGGAAAAAAGAAAUGCUCAACAUCAAUUGAAAUGGAAGAAGGAACAGUUUGAACAUCUAGAAGAAGCACAUAAAAGGCUCCAAGAUCAGAUUGAGUUGGAUAAACAGGAGUGGGAGAAAGGCAAAUCGGCCCUGCUUGAAAAUAUCUCUUUGUUGCAGACAAGCUUGGAUUCCAAAACUAGAAUUCUUGAACAUGUUCAGAAACGUUUAGAGAUGUGCAACCAAGCUUUAGCUCAUGAAGAAAGUAAGAGGAAGUUUUUGGAGGUUCAAGUAUCAGAAUUCAAAUCACGUUAUGAGGAUGUCUUUUCUCAGUGCCAACAAGAAAGGUCAAAGUUUGAAAGCUUGAGUGUUUGCAGGGAUGAAGAGAUUGCAAAGCUAAGAAUCUCAAUUGGAACAAGAGAUACAUCAACGAAAGAAUUGGAAACCAGAAUUGCUAACCUUGAGCAAGAGAAUCAGGAAUUAUACGAAUCUAUUAAAGAGCUGCAGGAAUCCCAGAUCAGAAAUGCUGGGGCUACUAAACUCACAAAGCUGAAGAACAAGCUGAGGGGUUUGGAGCAGGAACACAGCAACUGUUACAGAAAUUUGAAAGCAAAAGAAUCUGAAUGGAGUUCCCAAAUAGAGAAGUUGAAAGGAGAUAUAAAUGGGUAUAACUCUGAGUUGAAGGGUAAAGAGAAAAAAAUACAGGAAACUCAGUUGGAGCUACAGAGAUGCAAUUCUAUGAUCGAGGUAUUAAGUGAAGAGAUUUCGAUAAUACUUGUAAUCUUCAAAUCAGAAUUCAUGGAGGCUUUCUCCACAAAAUCUGAUGCAAAAGCUGAAGUGGUGCUGUGUGGUGAAAUGGAUAACAAGAUCUCUGUGCUUACUACACAGUUGGAGAUGAAAGAUUGUGAUUUAAGAAAAGUUCUUCUUGAACUUGAACAAGAACAUGAGCAAGUAGAGUUAUUGAUGAAGAGGGUAAGGUCCUUGGAACUUGCUGAACAGAGGCAGAAUAAGAUGGAGGAAGAGAAAAGAGAUAUUUUGGAGACUUUAGAAAAGGUGAAUCUGCAGUUGGCUGAGAAAAUUUGUGAAAUAGGUCAAUUAGAAGAUGAAUUAAAUAGUUGGAAGUCUACUGCUGAAAGCUUGAAAAUUUGUUGUGAAGAAAAUCAAGAAAAAUGUAGACAAUUGGAGAAUUCAAUUCUCAUACAAACAAAGAGUGCAGAAAUCCUUAAGAAUGAGAGAGAAAGCCUCGAAGAGAAAAAUAAGACACUUGAAGUUCUGGAGCAGCAGAUAGUCCUAUUAGCAGCUGCAGUAGCAGCAAAGAAUGAGGAAGUGGAAGACUGCACACAAGACAAAGAGAACCUAAUCCAAAAUGCAAAGGACAAGGAUAGCUGCAUAGAAAAUCUCCACAAAAAUAUCACCUGGCUGGAACAAGAGUGCUUCAGAAGAGAAAUGGAAGCGACAAUUCUUGCAAGGUUUGAUGCAGAGAAAUGUGCUGGACGAGAUAAAGAGAUGCUUUUCAAGGUUAUCAAUGAGAAAGAUCAGAAAAUAUUAAGUCUUGAGGUAUAUACAGUAUCAUUAGAGCAAGACUUAACUACUGUUUUCACUUCCUCUUUUGCUGAAGUUGUAGAAAAUCUGGUUACAAUUGAUGUGCUUACUGAAGCUUUGAAGAAGGCCAGUCAUUUGUUGAAGCUACAGAUUGAAGAAAGGAACAUAAGAAUUAUUGAUUUGGAGAAAGAAGUAACUGGUUCAUGCCGAAGAUCGAUACAUCAGGAGGAAGCCACGUUUCAUCUGAAACAAAAGGUAGAGGAAGUUGAAGCAUUAUUGGAAGCCAAGAAACUGGAAACCAAUAAGUUGACGGAUGAUCAGAGGAUUUCGGAAUGCAUGGUCAAGCAGCUUGAGUAUGAAAAAGCUAUACUGUUUCAAGACACCACAAAGCUAUCAAAAGAAAGAGGGCAAAUUUUGGUUCAUGUUGAAGAAAUUUGUGAUUGUAUUGGUGAACUCAAUUAUGAAGAUACAGUAAUGAUGGAUGUUUUAGAAACGAUGCUGCAAGGAUUUAAGGAAGAGGGUGGACCACCGAUGGGUUUAGUGGCUGGUAAUUCACUUUAUGAUUCUACCCAAGAGAAUGGAAGCACUACAGUUUCUGCGUCAGCAAGAAAAAUUGAAGCAAGUGCCGGAAGAUCACCGCUAAAAGAAAUGAAUCAUCGGCAGCUAUACUGAAGAGAAGAAAUACACUUCUCACUGAAGUACAUGGUAAAAGUUGCCGGGAAAGAAGUAGAAGCAAUACAAACAUUGAAAUUGGAGAGGGCAUGAGAGCUGAUUGAGCUUGAACCAGUGGCAAGGAAAGUCAAUCAAAUAGUUUGUGAUUUCCUACUGUGUUAUAUGACAGUGUUCUGCGUGAGCUGUGUAAGAUUUUGUUUUAGUGUGCAAUGGUGUUCAGAUUCUAUAUUUCCUGAGGCAUGCACUUGUAAUUCAGUGCAAUAGUUCAAAUGA